AUGGCUGGCUCCAGGAGAGCGCCGGCCACGGGUGGCGCGGGUGGCACCGACACCGCGGCUCUGGUGGUCGGCGCACCACCGCCGGCCGGCGUGGUGCCAGCACUCCCGGCUAGCUCCAGGGGCUCCUCCCGUACCUCCUCCCACCGCUCGGCCAGUGCACGGCGCCGCAAGGCAGCGACUGAGGAGAAGGAGCGGCGUAAGAAGGCAGCGGUAGUGCGGCGCGGCGCUUGCCGGGAGCAGGAGCGGCGCAUUGCGGUCGAGGAGGAGGUAGCAGCGGAGCGGCACUGUGCACGGCAUGAGGCUGUGGCGCACGAGGAGGAGCGGCGCGCGGAGGCCGCGAGGCAAGAGGACCGGCGGCGCAUAGCAGCGUUGCGCGACGCCGAGUUGCGGGAGGCAGCUGCAACUUGGGCAGCGCGCGCAGCAGCCAUGGAGACCGCGAUGGCACGCGUAGCCGAGGCAGCCCACCUCACCACAGAGGAGGCACAUGGCAGCUACCCAGCGGCGGCUAGAGGUGAAACGGCUGCAUGA